GGAUUGGCUGGAACUUGAUGAAGAACGCAACAGCUAUACCAUGAGCUUUCGAAUAUUACUGGGGUAACUCGGACGUGUUGAGCCAGUACGAUAUCAAUCAUUCAGUACUCGUGUUCAAUAAGUUUACCAAAUAAUAAUUAUUCAAUAAUUAAAAAAUAUUAAUUUAUUGGAUACUUUUUUGAAUUUUUAAAUUUUGUGGAUUAAUUUAAUUUAUACCAAGAUGGUAUGUCAAUUUGAUGAUGAUCUUGCUGAUGAACUGCCACCAGAACAAAUUGCUGUUUUACGCAAGGCGUUCGACAGUUUCGACAGAGAAAAAAGUGGCAGUAUUCCAACUGAUAUGGUUGCUGAUAUUCUCAGAUUGAUGGGUCAACCAUUUAACAAAAAAAUUCUUGAUGAACUUAUUGAUGAAGUUGAUGCUGAUAAAUCUGGUCGUUUGGAGUUUGAUGAAUUCGUAACACUUGCUGCUAAAUUCAUCGUUGAAGAAGAUGCUGAAGCUCUUGAAAAAGAACUUCGUGAAGCAUUCAGACUCUACGACAAAGAAGGAAAUGGAUAUAUUCCAACAACUUGUUUGAGAGAAAUUCUUCGAGAAUUGGAUGAUCAAUUAACAGAUGAAGAAUUGGACAUUAUGAUUGAAGAAAUUGACUCUGAUGGUUCAGGCACUGUUGAUUUUGAUGAAUUCAUGGAGAUGAUGACAGGAGAAUAGAUAAAUGUGGCAUUGCUAGAAGAGCAUUUUUUUUUUUAUCAUAAAGUUUUUUUUUUUUUUUUCCUUCAACUUUUUUUCUCGUUUUACUGAUUGAUUGCAUCUUAUUUUAUCGAUCUGCAUCAGACAAUCACUUUCGUACACAUUUAUUUUUAUUACAUUUUAGGAAAAUUGUAAUUACAAUAUUAUUU